AUGAAGACGGUGCGCAAGUUUAUCCGCCUCGUCCACGACAUGAUCACCAACAAGAAGAAGAACAUUGCCGUGCACUGCAAGGCCGGCCUCGGCCGCACCGGCUGCCUCAUUGGCGCCUACCUCAUCUACCGCCACGGCUUCACCGCCAACGAGGUCAUUGCCUUUAUGCGCUUCAUGCGACCCGGCAUGGUCGUCGGCCCCCAGCAGCACUGGCUCCACAUCAAGCAGGGCACCUUUCGCGAGUGGUGGAUCGAGGAGCGCGCCGAGGCCAAGAUUCGCCGCGAGCUCAUGGCCGCUGCCGCCGCCAACAACCCCGCCCCCAGCACCCCCAUCCGCGCCAUGCAAAGGCCUCGCUGCGCAACACCCAGACCUCGACGCCCCCAACCGGAGCGCCUCCAACCGCACCCCGCUGAGCGAGGAAGACUACCUCCCCGCCCCCACCCCGGCCAGCCCCGCAAGGCCGCCCGCACGGAUCGCCACCACCCUUACGGCCGCACCGCCUCCGCCUCCCACAACCACACCACCGUCGAGGAGGAGACGGGCAUCGAAGAGGAGACGGAAAUUGUCGCCGUCCACAGGACGUCCCACGGCGGCGCCGAGUCCGACGAGGAGAUUCACCUCCGCGUCCGAGCCCACCGCAAGGCCUCCCAGUCCCCCUCCGCCCGCUCCGUCAGCCACCAGACCACCACCACCACAACCACCACCUCGACAAAACACUACAGCCUCGUCAACGCCGACGACCCCUCCCAGGACGUCGAGAACGUCCGCGGUAGCCAGCGCCGAGACUCUCCCCUCCGGUCCCACGCCAGGGAACCCUCUGUGCCCUCUGCCGGCGUACGCAAGACGAGCGGUCGCAUGGGCAGCGUGAGCGCUCAACCUUCUGCCACGGCUCGCAAGGUCUCGGGCGGUGCCUAG